UGGCCUGAGUGAGCCGGACAGGAGAGGGGGUGUUCUAGCCGCAUCACCUCCCGGAGGCCCCCGAAGCCAGACGCCAUGGACGCCGUGUUAGAACCCUUCCCAGCAGACAGGCUCUUCCCAGGUUCCAGCUUUCUGGACCUGGGCGAUCUCAACGAGGCGGAUUUCCUGAGCAAUGCGCACUUCCCAGAGCACCUGGAGCACUUCUCAGAAAACAUGGAGGACUUCUCCAACGACCUCUUCAGCAGCUUCUUUGAUGAUCCCAUCCUGGCGGAGAAGAACCCACUGUUGGACAUGGAGCUGGACCCUCCUACCCCGGGCAUCCAGGCGGAGCACAGUUACUCCCUGAGUGGCGACUCAGCCCCCCAGAGUCCCCUCAUUCCAGUCAAGACGGAGGACAGCCCGAGAGAGCUGGAGCAUGGAGCAUGGGCCCUGGGGCAUAAACUAUGUGCCAUCAUGGUGAAACAGGAGCAGAACGUGGGCCCUGAGCUGCCCGGGGACCAGCUGGCAGCCCCCUCACCAGUUGUGAUCCCAGGCCCAGUCAGCACGGCCUCUGCUGACAUGCCGAUGUUCAACCUCAACCUCGGCCCACUCUCCCGGCUGCCUGCCCCCCACGAGGCCCCAGGAGAGAUGAUACAGACACCUGUGAUCAAAGCUGAGCCCAGGGAGGUGAAUCAUUUCCUUGAGGUGGCUACAGAUGACUUGGUACAAAUGCCGCCAACUCCCCCAAGCAGCAAUGGCAGCGACAGUGAUGGUUCCCAGAGUCCCCGAUCUCUGCCGCCCUCCAGCCCUGCCCGGCCCACAGCUCGCUCAUCCGCUGCCAUCUCUUCCUCUCCCCUCCUCACCGCCCCACACAAGCUUCAGGGCACAUCGGGGCCACUGCUUCUGACAGAGGAAGAGAAACGCACUCUGAUUGCGGAGGGCUACCCUAUCCCCACCAAACUGCCCCUCACCAAAGCUGAGGAGAAGGCCUUAAAGAGGGUCCGGAGGAAAAUCAAGAAUAAGAUAUCUGCUCAGGAGAGUCGCCGGAAGAAGAAGGAAUACGUGGAGUGUCUAGAGAAGAAAGUAGAGACUUUCACAUCGGAGAAUAAUGAGCUGUGGAAGAAGGUGGAAACCCUGGAAAAUGCCAACAGGACUCUUCUCCAGCAGCUCCAGAAGCUCCAGGCCCUGGUGACGGGCAAGGUCUCCAGGCCUUACAAGAUGGCUGCCACCCAGACGGGGACCUGCAUCAUGGUGGUGGUAUUGUGCUUUGUCCUGGUGCUGGGCUCCAUCAUGCCGUGCCUCCCAGAGUUCUCCUCCAUGUCCCAGACAGUAAAGGAGACUCCCCUCCCAGCUGCCAGCGUCUACACAGCCAGCCAGAUGCCAUCCCGAAGCCUCCUGUUCUAUGAUGAGGGGGCCAGUUCUCUAGAGGAUGGCUACAGCUCCCUGCUACCUGUGGAAUCCCAGGAGGGCUGGGAGACCAAGCCAGGUACCCCCGAGGAGCAGCAGCUCCAAGAUCAUCUCUCCCACGGCCACCUGGCCACCUCCCACGAGGCCACCAAGUACCUGAGCAAGUCCCAGCUAGAGGCCCCGGAUGGGAACGACACCCGCCCUGACUUCAUCCACCCCAAGGAGCGGUUCCAUGAGAGCAGAGAGACACACCCAAACGGCACCACAACGUACUUGUAGCACCCGCCAGAGCCCAGGAUCCAGCCUGGAGCCCAAGCCACUCAGAAGAAGGGGGACCUUACUCAACACUCCCAAUCUGAUCCAUAUCCCUGCCCACAUCCAGCCCCUCCUCUCCCUGGUGGGUCCUGCCCAUCCCAGGCACGAGAUUUGGGAAGGAUGGCACUGAGGACAGGCGGGGGAGAGCGAGAAGAGGAGGGAGAAGGGGAGCCCUCAGCUUUUCUCCCUUCCCAUCCUGGCCUUGGAACAUGUCACUUCUCCCACUGCCCCUGCAACCCUUCCUAGGUGGGGGAGGGGGGCCUCCCUCACCCAUCACCACUACAAUUGAACUGUCCACUAGUGAGGAGCUCUCCAUUUUCUCUCCUCCCUCCAUCCCUGGCUCACCCUUGAUGUUCCCUCCCUCCUAGCCCCCGGGACCCUGUCCUUAGGGCCAGAGGGGAUAGGCAUCAACUCUCCCUCCGGGGCUGGAUUGUACAUUGGUCCAGCCCCCUCCCUCUCCUUUGACUUCAUCUCAGCCCUCUGGGUAAAAGGGGAUUAGAAAGUGCCCAUCCCUUCCAUCUCUUAAGCCACUUUCUCUCCCAGGGGAGCUUUCCAAGGCCACUGGGGGAGGGGGAGAGGCGGCCUUCCCAGAGAGUCGGUCCUGGCCUUGGAGAUGGAAUGGGACAAGGUUGGUCCCUCCCCCCACACCCCUCCUCCCCAGCUUUCCCAGCAGCCACCUGGAGAGCUCUAGGGCAAAGCUGCUUCCUUGGAUAAGGGAGAAACUUUACCUACGACUUCUCCUGGUGCCUAUCUCUGCGCUCCCCCCACCUCGCCCUCCCCCCAUUUCUUUCUUUACCAUUCCCUCCCAGAGAUACCACUGGGCUGUCCCUCCCCACCCCCCCUUGGCCUAAAAAACCACUGUGCCAUCAGAGCUCCCUUGUCCCCGUCCUCCCAAUCCCAGGACAGGGGGCGGGCCAGGCCCUACUGCCCCCCCCCCACUACUGUACAGAGACCAAGAACAGAAAUUGUUUGUAAAUAAUGAACCUUAUUUUUUAUUACUGCCAAUUCCCUAAGAUAUUGUAUUUUAGAAGCCACCCCCCCCCUGCCCCAUUUCCUCCCCACCCCUUUUUUUUCUGUUUUGUAUUUUAUGAAGUUAGUGCGGGCUUAGCUGCUCCUCCCUCCCCAGAGGCUGGGGGAAGGGGGACAUGCUCCCCUCUCCCCCCUCCCCUAGCUUCCCCGUGCUGCCCAACUGCUGGGCUUUUUUCA